CGGCGGGGAGGCGGCGGCUGCCGGCGCGAAGCCCCCUCGGCCCCGGUGUGCGCAGGCCCGCGCGGCGCUCCUCGGGAGCGGAGCCAGGCGUCCCCGCGCCUCCGUCCGUGCCUGCGGUUCCCCCAGCAGCCGAGGGGCCUGUCUCCUCUGCGGAGGACCCCCGCCUGGGGCUUGCCCCGCCCGCCCCCCCGGGCCACGGGCCCCGGUGCGAAGCUUCUCCGCAUACCUCGCCCUCCGGGGCGGAGGUGCCGACCCUACGCCUGUCCUCGGUCCCGCUCCGCUGUGUGGACGUCCUCCCUGCAGCUCUGGUUGUACGCGAGUUCCUCUUCCGGUUUCCAGCCAUACCUUCAGAGUAUCAGUUUCCUUUUUGUUAUAAGGUGUCUGGAAAUGAAGUAUGGAAAAGAAACAAUGAGGAAAGAUCCAGUUUUCAGAAUCUCUCCAAGAAGAAGCGAAAAUUAUCCAAAUCCAGAAGAGCCAGAAGAAGAUGAAGAUGUGCAAACUGAACGAGUGAAAACUGCAAAUGGACUCACUACUUCCAGCUUGCAUGAGAAACCAGUAAUAAUGGCAAGCUGUUUACACAAGGAAUAUAAAGAGAAAAAGAAAAGUUGCUUUUCAACAAGAAAGAAGAAAAGAGCCGUUUGGAAUGUUUCCUUCUGUGUUGACAAAGCUGUGCUUCGCGCUGAGCGUCCUGGGGAGCCCAGCGGUGGUGCUUCAGGACGAGCCAUCCACAGGGAAGGACCCCGAGGGGCCGCUGCACGUGUGGUGAAGUGUCCAAGUCAAUAGCCCCUUUGGUGUUCUGUAGCGGCUCCAUGGCAUUCCUCUGAUGUACUACUGUGGCUUUUGCUUCACCUUUUUACUGUUGCCUGACACUUGGUUACAUGCACAUUUAUCUCUUAUAAACAAAGCGGUGAUGAGCCUC